AUAUUACACCCAUCAUUCACCUACCUUUCUCAUUUCUCAUUAACAAAUAACAAUCCUCUCUUUCUUUCUUUCUUUCUUUUUCCUUCACGUUUCUAUCAAAGCAAAAAACAAAAGAAUUCUCAGAUCUCUAAAAUUUCCAAUACACUUCCUCCUCGAAACCUCCGCCACCGACCUCCGCUUUAUAAAAAUCUCUCCGAUCCUUCCUCUCCAAUGUGCCUCUCACCGAUCUCUGAUGGCAUUCGACGGUUCUGCAACUCCAACCACCAAUAAUCUUCGGCAAAGAAACAGCAACGGAGGAGGAGGGAAGGUGGUGAAUAAGGAUUUGAACGGCGGGGGAAAUUGUUACAAAGGGACGGGGAUGGGGAUAGGGAAGGCGUCAUUUAUGAGAUGGAGGGUGGAAGAUGUGGCAUACGCAGCGAAGAAUCAUUGGAUACCGUGUAUCUUCGGGUUGGGUAUGCUAUUCUUUGUCCACGUGGAGUACACCCUCCGGAUGGUACCGCCGGCUUCUCCACCGUUCGAUUUAGGGUUUGUGAUAACGCGCUCACUUCAUAGGGUGCUGUCCUCGUGGCCAGAGCUUAAUACUCUGCUCGCCGCUCUCAAUACGGUGUUCGUGGCAAUGCAAACAAGCUACAUAUUAUGGACUUGGCUAAUCGAAGGGAGACUAAGGCCUACUCUGGCAGCUGUGUUCACCUUCACUUGCCGUGGCAUUCUUGGCUACUCCACACAACUUCCUCUUCCUCAGGGAUUUUUGGGAUCGGAGAUGGAUUUUCCAGUUGGAAACAUAUCGUUCUUCUUGUUCUUCUCGGGUCAUGUGGCCGGAUCAGUGAUAGCAUCGUUGGACAUGCGACGGGUGCAACGGUGGGGGUUAGCUUGGACAUUCGACUUUCUUAACCUUCUCCAAGUUAUUAGAUUGUUGGGUACUAGAGGUCACUAUACUAUCGAUUUAGCAGUAGGCGUCGGUGCCGGAUUUCUUUUUGAUUCCCUUGCCGGACAUUAUGAAGCCUGCCUGCAGAGGAAGAACCUCGACAAUAAGUUAGCUAAAACUUUUACUUAAUUGCUUCAAAACCCAACAAAAGAUGAUUAAGAUGGAGCCUUAGAGGCCUAAUUGCAAAAUUUUCAAUUAGUAAGGAACUAAUUGGGUUGCGUUUUUUUUU